UCCCAACCACCAACCGGCUACAUCCACAACCUCACCUCAGACCAGUCCACCAAGCUCCGUCAAAUCUGGAGCAUCAUCCUCUACCUCAUCAACAACCACGAUGACACCACCGCCGAAAGCACUACCGCCCCAACAGCCGCCGGUCUAGCCUCCGCCCUCGCAGCCCACCACCUGCCUUCCCUCGACACCGUCCAACCCAUCCUCGACACUCUCCCUCGCCACCCGCUCCCUUCCCUCCGCGCCGGCCUCCUUAGUCUCGCCAGACACGACUCUCCAGAUACCCUCCUCCUCCGCUUCCUGCGCGCCCGCAAAUGGUCCGUCCCCGCCGCGACCGCGAUGCUCUGCCGCGCGAUCCACUUCCGCCACACGCAGGACAUCGACGCCCGGGUCCUGGCCGCCACCGAGCUGGACGCCCUGUACGAGGCCACCGCACAACCACCGCAGACCCCUCCCAUACCGGGCGCCAUCGGGGCGACGACCGUGAAUACCACCGCGACGGACAGCCAGGCGUUCUUGAACCAGAUGCGCAUGGGGAAGGCGAUCGUCCACGGGACGGAUCGCCAGGGCCGGCCGGUCCUGCUCGUGCGCGUGCGGCUGCACCAACCCGGACAACAGAGCGAGGCGGUCAUCACCCGGUUCAUUUUGCAUAUGAUUGAGACGGUGCGCUUGACGUUGGUCGAUCCCGUCGAGACGGCGACAAUCCUAUUCGACAUGACGGGGUUUUCGGUGUCGAAUAUGGAAUUUGCGCCCGUGCGAUUCGUCAUCGAUUGCUUUCAGGAGAAUUACCCGGAGUAUCUGGGGACUAUGCUGAUCCACAACGCUCCGUGGAUCUUUUCGGUAGGAAUCUGGAAAAUUGUCAAAUCCUGGAUGGACCCCGUCAUCGUCUCCAAGGUGCACUUCACCAGGUCCGUCGCCGACCUGGAGCAGUUCCUCGUCCCGGACCAGAUCCUCAAGGAGAUCGGCGGCCCCGAGGCCUGGGAGUAUGAGUUCGUGGAGCCCGUGGCGGGCGAGAACGAGCGCAUGACCGAGACAGCCACGCGCGACCGGCUGCUGGCCGAGCGCGAGGAGCUGGCCUCUAAACUGCUGGAGUUGACGGAGGAGUGGCUGGGCGCGGCGGAGCCGGAGAGUGUGGCGGUGCAGCGGACGGAGGCUAUUUCAGCCUGGCGCAAGCAGUAUUGGGUGGUGGAUCCGUUUGUUAGAGGACGCACGUGUCUGGAUCGUACCGGGGUGAUUCAGGAGGGGGGAAAGAUAGACUUUUAC